AUGGCUUCAACGACACGCCAAGUUAACCGGUUCUGCCAUCAAUAUCUCCAGCUUGAGCCCGAGUUGGACUUUCCCGAGUCGGCUCUACUCAAGACUUCUCAAGUCCAGGAUGCUCUCUAUACAAGACUAUUCGCAGAUGAUGCCGUUCGAUACGGGCCUCCACCACGUUACCAGCUCCGGGUUCUCAAGGAGCUCAUGUCUCGAGUUGAGGCCAGCAUCGACGACUGGGAUGAGUAUGGCGUAUCUGAUGACUUGAUGUCUGCUCUCUCGGUGCUACUUGCAACACCACUCCCUGCUGAGGUUUCAUCUGUUCAGAAAAAGUGCUAUGUCACAUACCAUCUUUCCGACCUCUGUCAAGAGGCUUCACUUGAGUCAGCCUCUCAAGCACCUCACAUCACAAUUCUCGAGAAUCGUUCUCUCAUCUCAGCAUCGGGGACCACUGGCCUCCGCACAUGGGAGGCUGCUCUCCAUCUGGGAACGUACCUCUGCCAGAACAAAGGUCUUGUUCAGAACAAGCGUAUCUUGGAACUCGGCUCAGGUACAGGUUAUCUGUCCAUUCUCUGCGCAAACUUUCUCGGCUCGACGCAUGUACUCGCAUCCGACGGCUCGGAUGAUGUGAUCAAUAACCUCCCCGAGAACUUCUUCCUCAACAACCUUCAGGAUUCGACCCGCGUGGUACCAAUGGAGGUCAAGUGGGGACACGCACUCAUGGGCACAGAGGAGGAGAAGUGGAAUGGUGGACGUGCCGUCGACGUAGUGCUCGGAGCAGACAUUACCUACGACAAGAGCGUGAUACCGGCUCUGGUUGGGACUAUUCAGGAGGUUUUCGACCUCUAUCCACGUGUGGAGGUCUUCAUCUCGGCAACCCAGCGCAACGAAAAGACCUUUCAGGUGUUUUUGGACAAGUGCCAAGCCAACGGGCUCGCCGUCGAGGAUCUAGAGUUUGAGGUUCCAACGCGCGAGAGGCAAGAGGGUCCUUUCUACAAUGACAAGGUCGCUAUCCGGAUCUGCAAAGUCUCGAAAGAGUAA